AUGGUGGCGGUGGCUGGAGCCAAGCCUCACCCCCCCCGAGACCUCUUCGUGGACGUGGGCCUGGUGGUCGUCUGGGGCGUCACACGGGGGGUCGUGGGCCCGCGGGACGCCACAGCAGCGACGGGCGUGCCGAGAGGGAACGGGCAGGGAGAGGCCCGGGGCACGCGCGUUCUGGCCACGGAAGAGAGCAGGCGUACGUUGUACUACGCCCACGAUGAUGGUGGCUACUACGAAGACUAUGGCGACUACGACGACCGCUACUACUACGAAGACGGCUACCACGACGCCGGGUACGCCCACUACGCCGGCGGUGGGGACAGCUACAGCUACCCCUCAGGGUACGAAGACAGCCAUUCAUCGGACGGCGGCAUCCACUACGUGUACUACCCUCCUGAUUCGUCAUCCGAGCAGCAACGUCAGCUCCCCCCCGUGAGCAGCAGCACCACCGCUCCCUCCUCGUCCUCUACUCCUUCUCAUGGCGCGCCUCCAUCUUCGGGCUACCUCCACCUCUGCACGGCACAAUCGGUGCCCCUAGGCAAGUCUCACCCUGAAGCUUCUUUCAGUAGGAUAGGAGUGACGAUUGGAGUAGAGUCUGCUGCGUCUGCUUCGUCUUUGCUGAGUGUGAAAUCUAGUGAGAGGCCGCCUGGUAGCGAGAGAUGGGUAGCUGACUCAGGAGCCAGUAACAGUUUCACCAACAGCAGCAUACACAUGUAUGACCUAAAAAAGAUCCUCGCCAGUAGGAAGUAUGUCGUUGUAGGUGAUGGUCGACUGCUAGAAGUGCAAGCCAUCGGUAGCAUUAAUCUUGGUUUCUUUCAGGAGGAUGAGAAUGGUGAGAAAACGACGAUGUGUGUGAAGCUCACUGACGUGUCUGUUGUAGAGAGACUGAGCUUCAACUUGUUCUCAACGCAUGCUGUUUCUCUGAAGCAACCAAACCUCUACGACGAACGUGGUGCAACCCUACAAAAUGGACUGCUCUUUGCUAGAGAGGAAAAAUCGUCUGCAGCGUAUGCCAUGCGGUUGCCGUACGACCCAUCUGCGAUUAUUGUAGACCCUGCUGCUUUGCCCGCAUUCGUGACUGCCCCCGAUUCCGCCCCCGCCGUUGGCUCCGCGCGUUCCCCUUCCCAAANUGGUCCCACCAGUGUAGUACCUGCGAGUGAGAGCGUCCCGCCCGCCGGCUCUGCCGACGUAGUACCUUCCUCGGCGUCCGAGUUUGUGUGUGUGGGUACUUUUCCGGGUAUUGAACUUGGAGAUACGAGUGUGCUCACCGACGAGCAGCUCAUGGAUGGCUAUGAUGACACCCCAUAUCAAGAUUUUUUCCCCGUGUUUAUCCCAGAGAGUGACGCUGCGAAUGUGGCUGGUGUUUUGGAUAGCAUUGAUGGAGGUUCUGAUUUUGACUUGGGUGCGGCCGCGCUUGGCCCUGGUGCGUCCCCGUUCACUCUUGGAUCGACCGAAAAGUCCGUUGACAUCAACCGCUUCCACCGCUCCCUUGCCCACGCUUGCGAGCCUCUUUUGAGAGAAACUGCCCAGCAGAGAGGCAUCGUGCUCACCGGCAAGCUGGAACCGUGCACGGACUGCAUGAAGGCGAAGGGCAGGCGAGCGUCGGUGCCGCGGGGGCCGGGAGCGAGGGCGUCCAAGCCUCUCGGGCGUGUUCACCUGGACCUGUGUGGACCGCUGGUGCCUUCCCUGGGCGGCAACCUCUACCUGUUCGUCGCCGUGGACAGCGCCUCGCGGUGGAACAAGGUGUACGGUCUCCGGCGGAAGUCCGACGGGCUGGCGGCAACGAAAAGGCUGCUGGCGGACGUGGGGCGAUACGACCUCGGGCGCGUCGAGUGUUUCCGCGUCGAUAACGGCACCGAGUGGACCCGCGGCGACUUCCGGCGCUUCUGCGACGACAACGGCAUCUGUGUCGAGUUCACACCUCCUGGCGUUCCACAGUACAACGGCCGCUGCUCGUGUGCUCAACGUCUUCGCCUCCAUCCGCGGCCUCGACGAUCGCGGUGA